AUGGCCCCAUACGAUAGUGAGUCUUCUGCAGGAGAGGAGGAGGAAUAUACAGAGACCAAUGUUCUUCUCGGAUACGCAUCCAAGGAUCCUGGCGACGAGAACAUAAGUCGUCUUGGUGGUCGUCCGGAAUGGCUCGAUGCGAACACCCCACCUUCUGCUACGCUAGCACGAUGCAAGAUAUGUAAAGACUUGAUGGUACUUCUACUACAACUUGACGGCGAAUUACCGGAUCGCUUUCCCGGCCAUGAGCGCCGACUCUACGUCUUCUCGUGCCGGCGAAAAACCUGUCGGCGAAAGGAGGGCAGUAUUCGUGCCCUACGAAGUGUGCGCAUAGCCCCCGGAAGCGCUAACAUCCCAACUGCGACUACGAAAGAUAAGAAGGAAGAGAAGGCGAAAACGGAAGAAAAGCCCAAGUCACAACCGCCGUCUAACUUGGGGGAGACACUUUUCGGCGCCAAAACCCUAGGGUCUUCAUCCGGCUCCGCGAACCCAUUCUCUACAUCUACGUCCUCGGGCGGUAGCGCCAACCCGUUCGCCAGCGGCGGAAACCCAUUCAGCAGCCCCCCUACCGAAACCAAGCCCGAACCCAAGACUGAAUCUUCAUCAACGCCAUCUACGACCACGACCACAACCGUAGAAGACAUAAAAUCCCUCCCGAAAACCUUCGCCGAAACCCUCUCCCUCAACAACGACCAAGCCCCCUCCUCAUCCACAUCCACAUCCACAUCCACACCUCCCACACCCCCCGAGCCCUGGCCCCAGGCCUCCGACCUCCCAACCCCAUACCCCAUAUCCUACCUCUCCGAAGCCGAAUACGAAACCCUCGACCCAACCCCCCCUCCCAUCCCCCAAGCAACACGCAUGGACAUCGACGACGACAGCACUACCACCAGCAAACCCGGAAAAGGCGGAAAAGAAGACCGCGAAGUCUUCGAGUCAAGCAUGGACGCCGCAUUCCAGCGCUUCGCCGAUCGCCUAGCGCAGAACCCCGAACAAGCUAUCCGGUACGAAUUCGGCGGGCAGCCGUUGCUGUAUAGUAAAACCGAUACGGUGGGUAAAUUACUAGCACCCGCUUCUACUCCUACUGUUGGGCCAGGUAGUGGGGUAAAUACCGCACCGGCAACAGGAGUGAAGAACGGAAUUCCCCGCUGCGCGAAUUGUAAUGCCCCGCGUGUUUUCGAGGUACAGAUGACGCCGCAUGCGAUCGCGGAGUUGGAAGAUGUGAAUACAGUGGGAGCGGCGGCGUUGCUGGAGGAUGGGAUGGAUUGGGGUACUGUGAUUGUUGGCGUGUGUGAACGCGAUUGCCAGGCGAGAGGUGUGGCGGAGGGACAGGUUGGGUAUGUUGAGGAAUGGGCUGGUGUGCAGUGGGAGGAGUUGACUACUGGUGGGCGCAGGUAA